AUGGAAAACUUCAUGGCACCGCUGAGCACCGUCAGUGAGCUUGCGCUUCAGCAGAGCAAGGCUAAGUUCCUCCACAGCAAGGUGAGCGGUCCCUCCCGGCGGAAGCGGGAGUUCAUGCCGGAUGAGAAGAAGGACAACAUGUACUGGGAGAAGAGGCGCAAGAACAACGAGGCAGCCAAGCGCUCACGGGAGAAGAGGCGCCUCAAUGACUUCGCCAUGGAGAGCCAGUUGGCUGCUCUCAGCGAGGAGAAUGCCAUCCUCAGGACAGAGCUGCUGUCCCUAAAGCUGCGCUUUGGGCUCAUCAGCCCAGACACCAGCACCUACCAGGGCCACUCCCUCCAGGACUUCCUGGGAGUUUAUUUCAGAGGGCACAGAGCGGCCUCCCCACUCCUCGAGGCCGAGCCCUUUGCUGGGGAGUCCUGCUUCUUCACAACAAAGAGCUUUGUGCCAAAGGUGCUGGAGCCAGCGGACUUUUCCUGCAAAACCUUUGGCCCAUCCAGAAACAUCCUCAGCUGUGACUCAAAGCCAGCUCCCAUGGACACACCUGGCCUUCAGCAGCCAAAGAGGCUUGAUGCAGCCUUCAGAUCCACAGUUUGCUCUCCACUCCUCAAUUACCACUGCCUGGACAAAUAUGCUUUCCAUUUGCCUUUGUCAGACAGUGCCUGCUUCUUGUGCCCUUCCCUCUGUCCAGCUGAGGUGAGCAAAGAAAGAACCACAACUGUCUCAGAUGAAGAUGAUGAGCAACAAGUGCCCAAAACUUCUCUUCUACCCCCGUGCAGCCUGCCCUGCCCUUCAGAAGAUCAUUCGAAGGGCCGAAGCUAUGCUGCCCUACCUCACAAGCUCCGCAUUAAGACCAAAGCCCUCGGCAGCUUGGAGGAGAAUGGCCUGGACUCCCACUGA